UCUAUCUGCACUUCAAAUGAACUAACUCUGUCACAGAAAGGUGCUUAAUAAUUUUGUAUAAGACACUUUCAGUUAUUCCAAUUAAUGCUUGAAACUCAACAAAUAUUAGAAAAUAUUUAGAUCUGUAUCCACACUAUACAAGUGUAAGGCUAUUAGGAAAAAUAAAAUACACUCGUUUCUUUGGUAUCUAAAUUUGAGCGCUACGUUUACUGCCAGUGUUUAUAAUGUAAGAGCUUGUUUGCUCUUGGCAGUGAGUCAUUUAGUGACCCUCUCCUUAAAAGUAUAUAGACAGAUAAAAAUCCUCUUGGCACCUAGAGCAUAUCAGAUACCUUUUAAGUCUUUUGUACCUUUUUUGUACAUAAUCUUUUGUGUGGUCUUUACACUGGCUGGCUUCUUGGCACCAUAGCACCUAACCUGUUCCACCCAUAUUUGGUUUGAUUGUCUUUAUCCUGUUCUAUUUAUACACACCCUCAGCUAAAUAUAUAUAUAUAUUUCAUAUACAAAUUAGGGUACUGUUGGUUCAUUAUAUAGACUUACAGUGCACUCCACUAAUAUUGGUACCCUUGGUAAAUAGGAGCAAAGAAGGCUGUGUAAAAUUGUCUUUAUUGUUUAACCUUUUUAUCUUUUGUUAAAAAAAAAAAAUCACAAAAAUACCCUGCUUUCGUGGAGAUCAAACACUCUGAGUCUUCUCCUAUAAUGCCUGAUGAGGUUGGAGAAUACAUGGCAAGGGAUCUGAGACCAUUCCUCCAUACAGAAUCUCUCCAGACCCUUCAAAUUUCGAGGUCUACGCUGGUGGACUCUCCUCUUCAGUUCACCCCACAGGUUUUCAAGUCAGGGGACUGGGAUGGCCAUGGCAGGACCUUGAUUUUGUGGUCAAUAAACCAUUUUUGUGUUGAUUUUGAUGUAUGUUUUGCAUCAUUGUCCUGCUGGAAGAUCCAAACACUGUCCAUUUUAAGCUUUCUGGCUUUUCAUUUAAUAUCUGUUGAUAUUUGUUAGAGUCCAUGAUGCCAUGUAUGUCCAGGUCCUCUGGCAGAAAAACAGCCCCAAAACAUAAAGGAACCACCACCAUAUUUAACCAUGCGUAUGAGGUACUUUUCCAUAUGGCUUCCUCUCUGUGCACUAAAACCAUCUCUGGUGUUCAUUGCCAAAAAGCUCUAUUUUGGUUUCAUCUGACCAUAGAACCCGAUCCCAUUUGAAGUUCCAGUAGUUUCUGGCAAACUGAAGAUGCUGGAGUUUGUUUUUGGAUGAGAGAAGAGGCUUUUUCCUUGAAACUCUUUCAAAGAACUUGUGGUGAUGUGGGUGACUUUGAAUUGUAGUUUUGGAGACUUUCUGACCCCAAGACGCAAUUAACUUCCGCAAUUAUCUAGCUGUCAUCCUUGGAGAUUUUUUGGCCACUCGAACCAUCCUCUUCACAGUGCAUUGAGAGAAUAUAAACACACUUCCUCUUCCAGUUUGAUUCAUAACAUUUCCAGGUGACUGGGACUUCUUAAUUAUUGCCUGAAAGUGGAAAUGGGCAUUUUCAAUGCUUGUGUUAUUUUCUUAUAGCCACUUCCCAUUUUGUGAAGCUCAACAACCUUUUGCUGCACAUCACAGCUAUAUUCCUUGGUCUUACCCAUUGAUAUGAAUGACGGGGAAUUUGGCCUGUGUGUUACCUCAUAUUUAUACCCCUGUGAAACAGGAAGUUAUGGUUGAACAAUUUCCUGUUCCUAGUUACCCAGAUGUACUGAAAAAUUUUAAAUAUCAAUGGGAAUAUACUUCAAAUAUAUAUUUUUUUCAUAUGAAUUCAUAGGGGUGUUAUAUAGGUGUACAACACUGUUGCACACCUAUAUUUAUCAAAUAUUUUUUAUAAACCUGUGUUUUGUUUGAAAUUGUAUGAUAUCCAUUGUUCACAUAUAAAUUCAUAUAAAUUCAAUUGAACCAAAUCAAAUUUUAACAGCCUUCUUUGCUCAUAUUUACCAAGGGUGCCAAUAUUAGUUGAGGGCACUGUACUGAUAGAAUUUACUGUAUCUUCAAAAUGCCAUCCAUACUCAUCCAUGACACUGCAGGUACAGACCCGUUGGUGCACUAUAUCCAUGUUUAACCCCCAAGCUGGUGAGUGUACAAUGCCUGGUGAAAGCUGUCCUGGAUUGCACCAACAUUUCUCAGAAAAGACUGUUACUUUGGAGGAAUUAAGAGGCAUAAAUACUGUAGCUGCGAUAUUGCUAGUUUAUUGUUAUUGUAAAUUAAUAGCAUGUACGCAUGUAUAGACUUAGCACUAGGCAAAGGUAAGCAACUGCGUAGGGCCCCCAGAAGCCAACAGCCCCCUAAAAAUGCAAAUUAGAUAUAUUCUUAACUAUUAACGCUAAAUAACGUAUGUUGAAAAUUUAAAUAUCUUUGUUAAAACAUUUAAUAGGGCCUCAUUCCUAUAUUUUGCCUAGGGCCCCUGAAUCACUAAAUCCCUCUGCCACUGCAUAUCGAUGAAAUUUUCUAUUGUGACCAAAUCAACCACAUACCCAGGACAUAUUGUACAGUAAAUCAUCUAUUCUAAACCAGGAAUUUUACAAACCAAUUUGCUAUCAUGGUUAUUCCUAACCUAAUUAGUACGAAAACGAAUUGCUUUCAGGGCCAUCUCAAUGUACUAUUGAGUAUCUACUUUCUAUUUCUAUUGAAACUCAGUGGUGCCUCUGGAAGAACCUGCAAAACCCUCUUAAAAACAGUUCAUUAAGGGUUCACUGGGUUCUACUUUCAAAUAGGAAAAGCACUUUGUUGUAAGGUCCCUCUAGAGCUGAAGAAUGCUUAAGGUGUCUAAAUUUCAUGUAGUGUAGGCCUGUACAAUGCAUGUCUUGGGACUGAGGGAGGAAACUAGAGUACCUUGAGGAAACCCCCAAAGCAUGGGGAGAACUUGCAAACUCUGCGCACACACACAGGGUGGCGCUGGGAAACAAACCCCCAACCCUAGAGGUUUAUCCUAUCACAGUAUGUACUGGUUUUCCAUUUCAUAUGCCGUAAGCUUUCAGACUAAGUAUCCUUGGGCGCUUCUCUCUAUAGUUCCCUAGUGUAGAUAUUUACAGCCACAGAUAGGAAUAUUUAAAUUUUAUUAUAAUGACCUUAGCUUAAUCACGUUUCAUUAUAUCAGAAUUUCGUUUAUUUGAUGGUUUUUAUUUUAUUCAUAGACUAUAUCUACCGCAGCGGAUUUUUGAGUGUUCUUUCGGUAUUAGUGUGAGAUCAGCAUGGCGGAGGGAUUUGCACAUUGUGUCUCUGAAGCUCUAAAAUGAUGAUGAGUGUUGGUCCUCACUCUUGCACACACACACGCACGCGCGCGCUCGCGCGGACUUUUGCAGUGGAGCGCAGUGUUCAGACACACACACAGGAUUUAGUCGGCUCUGUUACUAUGGCUGGGAAAGAACAUUAGAGUUAUAGGAUACAUGAGAUUUUAUUUAGGCUAUACUUAGAACAUUUUAUUUAACUUCGUGGAUUUUGGAGAUUCGUUCAUUUCCAGAUAUCUUCAAAGAUGCUGCUGUCCAAAUUUGGAUCUUUUUCUCACAUUUGUGGUACGACUAACAUUGACCACUUGCCGGUGAAAAUUCAGCUGCAAUCAGCUAAAGUGGAGAAGGAGCAGUUUGAUAAGGUGUACCAUGUGGGCUCGGUGCUGGGAAGCGGUGGAUUCGGGACUGUGUACGCCGGCACUCGCGUUUCAGACGGUUUGCCGGUCGCUGUUAAACACGUGGCCAGGGAAAGAAUUUCCGAAUGGGGCACAAUUAACGGCUCACUGGUCCCGCUGGAGAUUCUCAUGAUGAAGAAAGUGGGAAACACAUUUCAGGGUGUUAUUAAACUGAUCGAUUGGUACGAGAGGCCUGACGGGUUUUUGAUCAUCAUGGAGCGGCCGGAGAUGGUUAAGGAUUUAUUUGACUAUAUCACCGAAAAGGGCGCACUGGAUGAGGACACAGCCCGGGGAUAUUUCCGCCAGGUCUUGGAGGCUGUGCGACACUGUUACAGCUGCGGUGUCAUACACCGGGACAUUAAAGACGAAAACCUGCUGGUCGAUUUACGCACAGGAGAGCUUAAACUCAUCGACUUUGGCUCAGGGGCCAUUCUCAAGGAUACCGUGUACACUGAGUUCGAUGGUACAAGAGUCUACAGCCCACCAGAAUGGAUUCGCUACCACAGGUACCAUGGACGCUCUGCAACGGUGUGGUCACUUGGUGUGCUGCUGUAUGAUCUGGUUUGUGGAGACAUACCAUUUGAGCAUGACGAUGAGAUUUUGAAAUGUCAUCUCUUCUUCAGAAGGACAAUCUCCCCUGAGUGUCAGCAACUCGUCAAGUGGUGUCUUAGCUUGAGACCAUCGGACAGACCUACAUUGGAACAAAUAUUUGAGCAUGAGUGGAUGCAUACAGAGAAAGACUCAAAACCUCUGACUGGGGACAUCACACUUCAUGCAAUCCGCACAGACUCGUCAUCCAGCACAAGUUCAAGCAAGGAAAGCCUCUGACAGCAACGGAUAUACUAACUGAUCAUUUAUCACCCAAAAUAGUUUGGACUUAAUUUUUUUUUGUUUCAAGUGAAUAUUUUUUUUAACACUCAUGGGAAGUGCAAAUGCAGUAAUGCUAGCAACCCUAUGGCCAUACUCUUUGCUCUUAUAGAGCCUAUUAUUUUAAUUUAGUUUGAACUGUUACUUACUAGUGCCUUUUUCAUCCCUAGAAAGCUGCUUGGUGGGACAAUAAAAACUUUUUAUUUGCUCCCUC